AUGAAUCAAAUUGGUGGGACAAAGGACCCAGAGGGUGAGCCCGUCGCUCAGUCUCUGCCCCAACCCCAAGACACUCCCAAGCCUCCUGACAAAACCGAUUCGGCCGUCGUCGUCGUCGCUGCAGUCUCCACCGAAGAGCAAGAGGUCGGACCAGAGGAAAAACCACCGGCCCCGAUGGAGGAAGAUUCGGUCAACCCCGCCACCGUUUUCUCCAUCAGGCUCAAGCAACCUAGGUCCAAUUUGCUGCACAAGAUGAGCGUUCCUGAACUCUGUCGCAAUUUUAGUGCUGUUUCCUGGUGUGGAAAACUUAAUGCUAUAGCUUGUGCAGCAGAAACUUGCGCCAGAAUUCCAAGGUUUCUGGUUUUUUUCCCCCAUUUGGACAUGUUUCCAAAUCAUUGA